UUAAAAAUAUAAAAUAUGAAAGUAUUUGUUUAAGAAAUAAUUUAAUACAACAAACAAAUCGAUUUAAUAAAAAAAAGAUAUAUGUAUACGCAUACAUAUAUCAUAUAUAUAUAUAUAUAAACACACAAAACGAUAUCCUUUGAUUUCCAUUUUCUAAUUGCAUUUAUCGUAAGUCGACCAAUCGGAUCAUUCUUUAAAAUGAAUGACUUAUCAUGAGUUGGUAACACUGCUUGGAAUUACUCCGUUUAUAGAUAAAGUAGAUGUGGAAAUACAUUGGCAGGUAUAUCAUUUGAAACUUUGUACGUCGUUGGAAAUUAUAUCUACGUCUUUUGAUCAUGGAGGACGAAGAAGACGAAAAACCAUUCGCGAUCGAACGCGCUAAGUCCGCUCGUGCGAAAUGCAAGAAAUGCAAGUGUCCCAUCGAGAAGGAUGCAAUAAGAAUUGCGAAAUUAAUUUCAAAUCCUUUUUCGGAGGGUUCGAAAAUGAAGGCAUGGCAUCAUGUAACCUGCAUUUUCGAUUUAUUCAAGAAACAGAGAGCUACGACCAAGAGAAUCGAAGAUCCUGAGGAGGACAUCAGUGGGUGGGAUAGUCUUCAGGAGGAGGACAAGAAGAUUAUCAUUGAGAAGCUACAAGAGUUUGAACAAUCCUGUCCUUACAAACCAACAAAACCGAAAGCGCCAUUAAAAAGAAAAGAAAAUCCUACGGACGGUCAAUCAACAAAAGUGAAUAAUAAAUUAUCAAAUAAAACCGACGACGAGAUGAAAUCCCCGAUGAGAAAGAAAAUGUCGAAGGAAUUAAGGGGAUCCGUUGAUAAUUCUGAGAGUUGUUCGGAUGAUCGCAAGAUGGACGAUCUCGUGGACUCUAAAAUGGCGUCGAAGGUAAAGAAACCGACGAAGGACGAUCUGUUUCGCGAAUUUCGACGUAUUUGCUCAAAUGUGGCGGAGGUAGACGCUUACAAGGAGAAAACGGCAAUCAUUAGGAAUAUGUUUAUCCAUGGAUCGUCCGGUGACGGAUUUAAAAGCGACAUCGUUCUUUGGUGUAAGCUGCUUUUACCCCAAGCGGCAAAGAGAAUUUACAAUUUGCAAAGUAAACAGCUGAUCAAAUUGUUCUCACGUAUAUUGUUGCAAGACGAAGACUCAAUGUUGGAGGAUCUCGAGCAGGGUGAUAUAGCCGAGACGAUUCGUCUAUUUUUCGAGAGUAGCACGGCCGUUAAAGCCUCGCCGAAGAGUUUGCUCACGAUUCAAGAGGUGGAUCAGUUUCUCGAGUUUUUGUCAAGUUUAACGAAGGAGGACGAACAAAUUCAUCACUUUAAAUCGAUUAUUGAUAGAUGUACCGGAAAUGAUUUGAAAAUGAUUAUAAGGUUGAUAAAGCAUGAUCUUCGAAUAAAUGCUGGUCCUAAGCAUAUUCUUAGCGCCGUUCACGAGGAUGCAUUUAAAGCGUUUCAAGUGUCAAUGAAUUUAGAAACUGUAGUGCAACGAUUUAUGCCAACUACCUCUAUGCCAUCGUCAACUUCAACGAAGGGAACUACUUUAUUGACCUCGCCAGGUGGCACUAAAAUAGCACUCUCUCUUAUGACUCCUGUUUUACCGAUGUUGGCUGAAGCAUGUAAGUCCGUUGAAAUGGCAAUGAAAAAGUGUUCUAACGGGAUGUUCGCUGAAAUUAAAUAUGACGGCGAACGUGUUCAAGUGCAUAAGAGGGAUAAUGAAUUUCGAUACUUUAGUCGAUCUCUUAAACCAGUUAUGGCACAUAAAAUAAAACACUUUAAGGAUUACAUUCCGAAAGCAUUUCCAGAUGGUGAUGAUUUAAUCCUCGAUUCUGAAAUACUUUUGAUCGAUAACAAAACUGGCAAACCAUUGCCAUUUGGAAGUUUAGGCAUUCAUAAGAAAUCAGAAUUUAAGGACGCAAACGUUUGUCUUUUUGUCUUUGAUUGUAUUUAUUACAACGGAGAAGUGCUUAUUAACAAAUCUAUGCAAGAAAGAAGAGAGAUUUUAAAGAAUAGUAUGACUGAAAUACCUAAUAGAAUAAUGCUGUCUGAAUCCCAGGAAGUGCAUAAUCCCAAAGAUUUGGCAGAGAUGAUUGCAAAAGUUUUGAGAUUGGGUCUCGAAGGAUUAGUUCUUAAAGAUAUUAAAAGUAAAUAUGAGCCCGGUAAAAGACAUUGGUUGAAGGUAAAGAAGGAUUAUUUGUUCGGUGGCGCCAUGGCCGAUAGUGCAGAUCUCGUUGUUCUCGGCGCAUGGUAUGGAACUGGUCAAAAAGGAGGAAUGAUGUCAAUUUUUCUUAUGGGUUGUUACGAUCCUGAUACUGAUAAAUGGUUAACUGUGACAAAAGUACAUUCAGGCCAUGACGAUGCUAUGUUAGAAACUCUUCAAAAUAAACUCGAUAUGAUUAAAAUAGGUAAGGAUCCAGCGAAAGUUCCAAAAUGGUUACGAGUUAACAAACCAAUGGUACCAGAUUUCAUUGCAAAAGAUCCAAAGAAACAACCAGUUUGGGAGAUCACCGGAGCAGAAUUUACAGAUCAAGGAGUACAUACUGCGGAUGGAAUUAGCAUUAGGUUUCCGCGAGUAACAAGGAUUCGCAAUGAUAAGGAUUGGUCUACUGCUACGAAUUUGAAGGAACUUCGUGAAUUAUUUAAAAGGAGUUCUGACUCCUUGGACUUUAGUAUUCUCUUGGGAGCCGAUAACAAUGAAAAGAAAGAUCCCGAAGUAGUAGCUUCGACCAGUUCUACAUUAUCGAUUUCCGACGAAGUCGAUACCAAAAGAAAUAUUUCUCCAAAAGGAAUAAAAAUGGAGAAAACAAAUAUCAUGGAUGACGACAAUGGGAAUACAAUAGGAAAAAUUAAAUUCAAAGUUAAGAAAAAAUUUGAAAUUGAUCGGCCAAGUACAAGUAGAAAAGUAAAGAAAGAAAUAGAAAGUUACGAGGAAAAUGUUAUAAUAAAAAAGGAAAUGAAUUUAUUCGAUGUCAGUAAUAAUUCUGAUAUUAAUAUAAAAAAAGAGGACAAUCCAAUCGAGAGUUUAGAAUACGAAGAAUCCAUGAUGAACAAUGAAAUUGAUUCUGAAAGAGAUAAGUCUAUCAAGUAUUACUCUUUCGUUAAUAAAGACUACAUCGAAUACAACGAAAGAGGAAGUCCUUUAAAUUGGAUUGAUGGUCGAAAGCCAGAAAAAGGAUUGCCAUUUGAUGCUCAGCCUUUAUCCGACAAUAUGGAGGAUGUAUUGAGAUCAAAGGGCAUAUUUCAAGAGGUUCGUGUCAGUCUAGCGCGUGACAUAAAAAAAAAGAAACGAAAACGUUUUUACCGAGAACUGAAAACACUGGGAGCGAUUAUCUUGAAAGACUCGGAUCGAUGCAAAUCCACUCACGUGAUUCACGAUCGUAAAGAAAUUCCAUCGACAGUUCUGAGGGAUUUCGAGGACAUACCUAAAAGUGCAAGACACGUUAAUUCAUCGUGGCUGGAAGAAUCGGCUGCAUCAUCGGAAAUGAAAGAUAUUUAUUCGUACGCUGUAACAUUAGUUGCGGAUUAUUGCGACUGUUCUUGCACCUGUUCCUAUGAAUGAUAAGAACGAGCUUCUUCAAUUGAAAA